CAUACGGACUCCCACCAACCCGCCGCUCCCCUCUCCUGUACACUACAAAAGUCGCUACUACUAAGUACUGCUGCUACUACCCUUUCACCCACCUCGCGUAUCAGUCCCUUCGAAUCCGAAACGAUGGAGGUAUUCCUUCGUGUCACUGACACCGUCAAGUCGUUCCGGGAGACUCGCCUUAGCGCACUCCGUCCGUUGGGGGAGUUCUUCGACCACCACCGCAUCUCAAAACCUGCAGACUUGAACACAGCCACCUCGCGCAUAUCCUACAACACACGAUACUUUUCUGGCAACUAUGGUGUAAUUGUUGGCGUGCUCGCAGUGUACGCGCUGCUCACAAACUGGCUCUUGCUUAUCUCCUUGGGCUUCCUCCUCGGAGGCUUCGCAGCCAUCAACAAGUUCGCACCUGAGCCGAUGCAAGUGGGUGAACAAGUCAUCACGCAGAAGUCCCUCUACACAGGGCUGUUCGUCAUCGGCGUCCCCCUCCUCUGGUGGUCCUCGCCCCUCGGCACCUUCUUCUGGCUCGUCGGCGCGUCUUCCUUCCUCAUCCUCGGCCACGCCUCCCUCAUGGAGCCCGGCAUCGAGAGCGAGUACGCGACCGUCUCGGAGGCGGUGUAGUGGGCUCAUGACGGUGCAGUGGCUGUGCGAGCAAGGUACAGCUCCGCGUUCGUGAUGGCAGAUCUAUUUAUUUCGGUAUAGCUAGCCCGGACAGAACCGCUGCGUCUCUUCUGCUGGUUGGAUAGUUCGUGUAGAUGGUUCGGUCUUCUCUGCGUGCCCACGCGCCACAAAUAGCUGUUGUACAUGCAGAUACACUUCUCGAUUUGAUCUCAACAGAAUACCCGGGACUACAGCG